AACAAACCGUGCAUCGCACGGGGUUCAUCUAAUUAUUGUUAUUGGGAGGUUAAUCAAGCAUUGGGUUACUACUUACUUGGCUUUAAGGGGAAGCGCGAUUUGACUAUUUGAGGAUGUAUAGAUUGGUUUUUCCAAUUAAAUUUUUUUAUUUUUUUUAAAUAGAUCCAACAAAAAUUGUUCAUCCAUUUUAUUUUAAUUGAUAUUGAUGGUGAAUAUUAUUCACAUAAGUUAUUUUAUCUUUUUUUUAAUGGAAAAAAAAAAAAGAAAAAAAGUUAUGUUGGGGUUCCAUCUUUUUUUUAAGAAAGCAUGUUUUUUUUUUUGACAGGAGAAAGCAUGUUGGGGUUCCAUCUAAUUUGUCACAAACUCACAAUGUACCUCAUUCAUACAGAAAAUACAGUAACACCAAAAAAAAAAAAAUACAGAAAAUACUGUAUAAUAAUACAGAGUAAAAAAAAUACGUCUAACAAAUCAACGAUCAAAGAAGAAGUCAAACGCAGAUACAUUGGUAUAUAAUAAAGUCAAGCUCAAAAAAUUUUCUUGUCACCGGCGGCAAAACCUCCGGUUGCCCCCUCCAAAAACCAAAACCCUCCAUUCUAAAAUGAUGAGAUCAAUCGAAAGAAACAGAAAAAGGAAGAAACAGAGGUUGAAGAAAACAAACGAUAAACCCCAAAACAACCCCAUUCAAUCACCCCUAAAUUCUGUUGAACUUCCUGAAGAACUCAUCUUUUCUGAAAUCCUUCCAAGAUUACCGGUAAAUUCCUUAACCCGCUUCAAAUCUGUUUCAAAAACAUGGAAUUUCAUUAUCUCCACCCCAAAUUUCAUCAAUUCCCAUCUCAAAUGCACUAUUUCAAACCCUUUUGUGCCCUCAAAUUGUGUGUUUAUUAAAUCUGCUUAUGAUUUUUAUAUUCUUAAUUAUUCUGCAUAUGAUAGAUACCCAAAUGAUAAUUAUGAUGAAAAGGGUUUGAUUAAGGUUAAAAGUCUUCAUUUUGAUGAUAAUGGUGUGAAUACUUUCUUAAUUGGUUCAUGUAAUGGGUUAGUAUGUUUUGGGCGUGGAACUGCUUUUAGUAAAUUUGGGUAUAACUUUCGUGUUUAUAAUCCAGUAAUGGGUCAGUUUCUUCAUGUGUCAGAUCCUCUAGGGAAUUUUCAAGGGAAAUUGAUUUUUGGGUUUGGGUUUGUUUCUUGUAAAAAUGAUUAUUUGUUGUUGGUUGGUGGUCUUCAGAGGAAGAGUUAUAAGAAUUUUGUGUAUAUUUAUUCAUUAAGGUCUAAUGAUUGGAAGAAAAUCGGAGCUUUUGAUGAAGAUGAAUUUUCGAUUUACUUGGGUGGUAGAGGAGUAUUGGUUAAAGAGACAUUGCAUUGGGUUACAACCCAAGUUCGAAGAACGAAUGCUAAGUGUAUAAGUGGGUUUGAUUUGGUUGAUGAGAGCUUCAAGGAUGUGAAGAUGCCUAGGGUGUUUUGGCGUAAUGAUCAUUUUAUGGAUUUUAAAUUGAGUGAGAUGAAUGGAUCAUUGUGUGCUUGGGGUGAAGAUAUCUAUGGUGGGGUGGAAAUGUGGAUGUUGAUCCAAUAUGGGGUGUGGGAUUCUUGGACGAAACUUUUCAAGAUUGACAUGAUUCCAGGUUUGGAUAACUUCUAUGGAUGCUUAGAUAGCGGGAAAGUUUUGGUCCAAACAAAUGAUGGAUGUCUCUUGCUAGCUGAUCCGGAUCAAGGUCAGCCACGUUUUAUGUCAUUAGUGAAAGAUUUGGGUGAUAUUGAGGUAGUGAAUUAUAUUCGGAGUCCUAUUUCUCCUUUCUCUUGAAUGUUCCAAUAUUGUGGAACGAUACAGUUAUCACUUCUUUUUUGUAUAGAUUACUUUGUUGCAUGUAAACUACCUUAUGAAUUGUGCUGUAGUAAACAAAGAUGUAUCUAUGUUCUGCAAUAAUCACCCUCAUCUCCCUAAAAAAAUGGAUAAAGAAAGCAGAUGAGGAAAUGCAAAAUGGAGUUAAUGGACAUCUUUUCGGAAUGGUACAUUUAUCAUUUUGUGA